GUGGUGGAAUAUAAUUUUGUUGAUUUUUCAAUUUUGCAUACAAUGCUAUAUAUAUACGCGCGUGUGUGUGUAUAUAUGUGAAGGUACAUCCAUGUUUGUGACGUGUUAAUAUGUUUGGGAGAGGGCCCACAAGUUCUCUUUCAGGUCGGCAAAAAUUGAGGUCAAGAGGGAAAUUGUGGGCCCUAAUGAAAGUCCACUUUUUCGUACCAAAUAAUAUUAAAUCCCGUGAUUAUUGAACCUCCUCUUUUGGUGGACUGGAUAUAUGCUUUUGUUAGGCUCUAAAUGGUAUUUACGGCCCACACAAUUCUCUCCCCCACAACACACAAGUCCGAUCCAUUUCCUUCCUCUCUAACCCUAGACUUCUCUCCAGCCAUGGGUGUGUUUCUACGUUCAGAUCCGCCCUCUCGCAUCCAUUCCGAGCCCCAGGGCAUCGACCACUUCGAUCGACUCCCUGAUUCCGUUGUCAUCUUCGUGUUCAACAAGAUCGGCCACGUCAAGGCACUCGGCCGCUGCCGCGUCGUCUCCAAGAGGUUUCAUUCCCUCGUUUCUCAGGUCGACUACGUCGUCUGGGCUGCCCAUUGCGACUGCUCCGCCGCCGCCGCCGCGAGACCUUUCUCCUCCAUCUUCCGUCGCGUCGUCGGUGACAUUGUCAAACCUCUCCAGGCCGUGGGCCAAUUCCUUGGCACCAAGCGCUCAUGCGCCUCUCCGUCUUCCUCUCGUCUCUGUAUGACCCAGUUUCUUAAAACUUUCAAAGCGAUUCGCUACCUUCGAAUCGAGACCCCCUUGUGCAAAAAUAUGGAGUUAGGCGACGGGGUUUUUUUGCAAUGGAGGGCGGAAUUCGGUUCCACCCUUGAUAAAUGUGUGAUUCUCUGAGCUACAUCUGUGAUCCACUCGAGCCCAGAGAGGAUUUCUCAUGCUUUGGAAAUCACCAUGGAUCCGAGGGGCAUCGAGGAUCCCGGCAGAAUACUGGAAUCGCUUCGCACUAGCGGAGAGCUGGGACUGCGUUCUGUCUGGGCAAAGAAAUCCUUCGGAUCAGCAUCGGCACGGCACGACUGGCUGCGCAUGCUGCCGUUCAUCGUUGCUGAGCAUAAGCUUGAUAGUCUAGUGUUCACGGACGCUGAAGGCCAAGGAGUGCUAAGUAUGAACAGGGGCCAACUCGAGGAGCUGAGGGCGAAGCCCUUGUCGGAUUCGAACAGGACCCUUGUGCCGGAUAUGAACGUGAACCUGUGGUAUCUUCCACACUUGGAAUUACCUGGUGGAACUGUGUUGAAAGGCGCCACUUUGAUUGCUAUGGCGCCGCGGGAAGCGAAAAAGAUGACGCCUUGUCCGCCUUGGGUAUAUUCUGCGUUCGAGGAGCCCUACAGGACAGCUGCCAAGAUGCUGUUCAAGACAAGGGGUUACCGUAGUGUGCUUAAGUCGUUCUGUCGGAACCAUUGAUGAGGUGAUUUGGAUAUCCAUUUUGCAAUUGCUAGAGUUGUGGGUACUGAUUUUUAGAUGAUAAAGUCUGGAACUUUACUCGAAUAUUAGCUCAUUAUGUUUGUAUAGGAAACCAUCGUGAUCCUAUUGUCCAAUACUUGAAAUGAUUCUAUACAUGCGAGAUCAUUCUCUCUGGCAUCAA